AUGAAGAGCCUCGGUCGAGACGAUCGGCCACCACCACCACCUUUACGAUCAAGCAGCAGUAAUAUUGGCGGUCAAAAUGUCGUUGGCUUGAAACCAUUGCCGAAAGAACCCACAGAUACAAUGCAGAAAAAGAAAAAAUCGUUAGGAAUGAAUCCAUUUGGCACAAAAAAAAAGGAAAAAGAGAAGGUUUCUGAUAAACCGGUGAUUUCGGAACCGUCAAACUUUGAGCACACGAUCCACGUCGGCUUCGACGCGAUCACUGGAGAGUUUACGGGUAUGCCAGCCGAUUGGGCUCGUCUCCUCAAAGACUCACAAAUCAGCAAGCUCGAACAGCAACAGAAUCCACAGGCAGUGUUGACGGCUCUCCGCUACUACACUCGGGAUCACGAGCCGACCGAGAAAUGGAUGCAGCCACAGUAUGAGUCUGGGGGAUCAGGCUCUGGUUAUUCACCCCGAAGCACAGAAACGUUUUCUCCAAAAAGUCCCUACGGUUUACCGCCAAUCUACAAUAAUGCACAAAGGAUUUUAGGACCAACUCCAUCAAAGUCAAAUGUUUCCUAUAUGCAAGAUCGAACGAGUAUGCCACCAAAUUAUGCCCCACCGGCGCCUCCAGAAGACGAUGAAGCACCGCCACCGGUACCCGAUCGACCCGCGAGAACGUUGAGCAUUUACACAAAACCGAAAGAAGAAGAAGACAAGGAAAUGAAUGGCGGUUUUGGGGCAAAUGUGCAUCGAGUUGGGACAAAGAAAAAGAAAAUGAGCGACGCGGAAGUUGUGGCCAAAUUGAGAACGAUUGUUACGAUCGGGAAUCCAGAUAAAAAGUAUCGAAAAGUCGACAAGAUUGGAUGCGGUGCAUCUGGUUCAGUCUAUACGGCUGUUGAGGUUUCCACUGGUCAAGAAGUCGCUAUUAAACAAAUGAUCUUGCAGAAACAGGUGAAAAAGGAAUUGAUUAUCAACGAGAUUCUGGUGAUGCGAGAGAAUAAACAUCCAAAUAUUGUGAAUUAUUUGGAUUCUUAUCUUGUUGGGGAAGAGUUAUGGGUGAGUUUCAAAUAUUUGGCUGGUGGAUCGCUUACCGAUGUUGUCACUGAAUGUCAAAUGGAAGAGCAAAUGAUUGCGGCCGUUUGUCGAGAGGUGUUGCAAGCUCUCGAUUUCCUCCACAGUCGUCACGUGAUUCACCGCGAUAUCAAAUCCGACAACAUUUUACUCGGCAUGGAUGGAUCAGUGAAAUUAACUGAUUUCGGUUUCUGCGCUCAAAUCUCUCCCGAACAGAACAAGCGAACGACAAUGGUCGGAACACCAUACUGGAUGGCGCCUGAGGUGGUGACGAGGAAACAGUAUGGUCCAAAGGUUGAUGUCUGGUCGCUGGGGAUUAUGGCGAUUGAAAUGGUUGAAGGAGAGCCGCCGUAUUUGAAUGAGAAUCCGAUUCGGGCAAUCUACCUGAUAGCCACGAAUGGAAAGCCGAAAUUCCCGUCCAGGGACACCCUGUCGCCUAUAUUCACGCAAUUCAUCGACGCGGCUCUCGAGGUGUCGGUGGACGAGCGCUGGUCGGCCGCGCAACUCCUCACUCAUCCAUUUCUGCGACAAGCGAAACCCCUCGCCUCUCUCUAUUAUUUAAUCGUCGCCGCAAAGAAAAGUAUCGCCAAUAAUUCA